AUGCAACCACCUGAAGUGAUCAUAACGACACCGAUCUAUCAUCCAAAUGUUAACGAAAAAAAUCGACUCUGUGAUCAACGCCUGAAUGCUACUUCAUUGUGGGACAAUAAAGCGACUUUAAUCGAAGUUCUUGAGAUUAUUGUCGACGCUCUUGAUAAUCCUAAAGCUGAGGAUAGUCCAGCGAAUACGGAUGCCGCUAAAGAAUUCAUCCAAAACCGAGCUGAAUACGAACGGAAGUCGACGGCAAUGAUCCAGAAGAAUGGAUUACCUCGAUCAUAA